ACGUUUUCUCACAAUUUCCCAAAUUUCUAUUUUAUAUCUCACACACAGCGAUUUCUUCACGCAAUCUCUCACCCCACACCAAAUUCAAGGACGAAUUCAAUCACUUCUGUUUCUCUUGUAAAUCCUCGCCUACUUUGAUUGUGUUCAAUUUCCAGUAAAUUGUUCAUGUUGAUCUAAUUAUUGUUGUGAAUUUGAUCGGGUUUGGUCCUUGUGGAAUUGGGUUGUUAAUGGAUUCUUGGGUCUCAGUCUCACUGGUGAUCUGUUGGCCUGAGAAGUAGUCGUUAUAUAUUUAAUCAAGAAAUCUAUCACUUCAAGUUCUGUACUGCUGUCCAUUUGCUGCAUUAUUUAUCUCACAUUUUGGAGCAUUGUAAGAGUGGUUGCAUUGUGAUUUCUAUUAAAGUCAAGUAAAGAUUCAGUAUUUUUCAGUUGGUAACGCAAUAGAGAUCAGAAGCUCCAGUAGGGAACUUAUUUAGAGCUUUGCGUUUUGGUAAGUGUAUACCGAGUUCAAUGAUUCUUUAUAUUUUUUUAUCUUUUUCAAAUAAUGUGUUUUUAUUCGGGCUCUUCUUCUUGAUAUUUAAUUAUUCUGAUUUGACAUAAUCUUAAGUUGUUGAGAAUAAAGGUAUCACAGUUUUGGCAGUAAUAAUUUCAUAAACUGUUAACAGGAGCUGACAGUUCUUUUUUAUUAGACUUACUUUGUACUUUCUCUUAGAAACUUCAAACGUGUUUGGUUUUUCUUUGGUACAUUGUUAGCUAUAUAGACUUUGAGUAGUUUCUUAUUUUCCUCCUUGUCAAACUGAAUUUGACAGUUGUUCAAAAUGGUAUUAGUACUUGUGAUUCCUAAAGACAUAUUUUAGGGUGUAUGGGGAAGGGAUAAUGUGAAACAUUAUACCAAGGUUUGUACCAUAAAACAUUUGUACCCAAUAUAUGCUUCUAUUGUCUUAUGUGAUAAGAGGAAUAAAUUUCUGCUGUCUGCAACAUGACCAUAGUGUUUUCCCCCUUCUUAUGUAAUUGAUGAACAUUGAGUUAUGCAUGAUAGUUCUUGUGUCCUGAUAAAUUCAACUUGCUGAGUAAAUCGAACAGUGUAUGCAAGAUGGCUGGUGUGAAACGAAGAAUAGAAACUGAUUCAGAUAUUCGUGCUCUUUACAAAGAAUUGGAUGCGGUUACAUGCCCUAUCUGCAUGGACCAUCCACAUAAUGCAGUUCUCCUCCUUUGCAGCUCGCAUGAGAAGGGUUGCAGAUCUUAUAUUUGUGAUACAAGUUACAGGCAUUCAAAUUGCCUGGACCGUUUUAAAAAGCUGAGGGAAAAUACUAGGAACAGUCCAACUCUACCCAGUUCUUUACCUGUAAACCAUUCUGAUUCUCAUAAUAUUUCUGAUCUGAACAUCCCUUUGAGGACAGAGUCAAAUGAAGCUAAUGAAACUCACAAUCUGAUUGAAAGCAAUACUCUAAUAUCUGUUAAUUUACCUGGACCGCCACAAGGACAUAUUAUUCAAGAUCUAAAUAGGCCUUUAGAAGCACAAACAGAAGGUGUUCUGGAAGUGGCUGAUUCCGAGUCAUUUCAGGAAAGGGUUGAGCAUGAUGAGUUGGAUGGGGAGAAUUCACCAGAUUCAAAACUGAGCUUGAAAUGCCCUUUGUGCCGGGGAGCCAUUCUUGGAUGGGAGGUUGUAGAAGAUGUCAGAAAGUAUCUUAACCUGAAGAAGCGAAGUUGCUCUCGUGAAUCAUGCUCAUUUUCUGGUAACUACCAGGAGUUGCGCCGGCAUGCCAGGAGAGUUCACCCAACCACUCGACCCUCCGACAUUGACCCAUCUAGAGAACGAGCCUGGCAACACCUUGAGCACCAAAGAGAAUUUGGUGAUGUUGUGAGUGCUAUUCAUUCAGCCAUCCCAGGUGCUGUUGUGGUUGGGGACUAUGUUAUUGAAAAUGGAGAUAGGCUAGCAGGGGGAGGGGAAAGUGGUGCAGGUGAAGCUAAUGGACCUUGGUGGACUACUCUGUUUUUGUUUCAGAUGAUUGGCUCAGUUGACCGUGCUGGGGAACAAAGGGCUCGAUCAAGGGCUUGGACAAGACAUCGGCGUUCAGGUGCUUUAUCUGAACGCCGGUUUCUUUGGGGUGAGAAUUUGUUGGGUCUUCAGGAUGACGAGGUAGAUGAUGAGGAUGAUGAUGAUGAGAACUUGCCUAUACUAAAUCACAGAGAUUUGUCUCCGAUCCCCAGAAGGCGUAGGCGUUUGACACGUUCAAGGUCGGAUGAAGAUCGACCAUGAGAGGGGUCUUUUAUCUGUUACUGCAGUAACUGCUCGUCAGACGACCAACUGCUCUAAGAACUGCAGUUUGAGAACCCCAUCAGCUUGUUGGAACUUGGAAGAGCGUUGAAAAGGAUCAUGAUGAUCAUAGGGACAAUGGUGGUGCUAAUUUGAAGGGGAUUCUAUCGAGCCCAUGUUCUCUUUAUCGAUGGGAGAAAUGAGCUUAUGUUCUCUUCAAGCAGGCCAAGUCCUCUCUUUCAAGUAGGUAGAGGCUGCCGGCACAAGUUGAGCCUCCUCAUCUAUGGUUGAUGCAUUGUUCUUGCUAUUCUGCAUUUGUAUCAUAUAACUAUGUAAUUGAUAUCAGUUCAUCUCUUUGUUUGUUAAUAAAAUACUAUUAUGAUUGUUUGUGUUUAUUUUAUGCGAAUUGUUUGUGUUAAAAUGUAUAAAAGUUUAUGGAACAAUGAAA